UGAAAUGCCUCAAUCGUAGGCUCCGCCUUUAGCCGUGGCGAAUCCCUGUUCCUCUAUCAGUGAUGUUUCUAAGAGGGGGGGACGUGUUGGGCUCAGUUGUAGGCAGUGGGUAGGUGAACGAGGUCCAGAAACAGACAGCCUGAGCUGCGAUCCCUGAGAGGCGAUGAUGGCGGCGGCUGUAGAGAGAGGAGGGGUACGAGCCGCCUUCUUGAAUCCAGGCAGCGGAGGUGGUGGCGGCGGUGGACCAGCCCCGAUGCUUGUCCCCGCCGCUCCCGGAGCCCCGGCUGGGGCUGCUGGUUCGUGCUCAGCGUCGGGAGGUUCGGGUCCCAUGCCUGUGCCUAUGAAUCUUUUUGCAACAUGGGAAAUAGACCGAUCGUCUCCGAGCUGUGUUCCGAGGUUGUGUAGCCUUACAUUGAAGAAGCUCAUCGUGCUCAAAGAGCUGGACAGGGAGCUCAACUCUGUGGUUAUCGCUGUGAAAAUACAGGGUUCCAAGCGAAUCUUGAGGUCAAACGAGUACAUGCUCCCCCCGAGUGGUCUGAUGGAGACGGACCUGGAGCUCACCUUCUCCCUACAGUAUCCCCACUUCCUGAAGCGUGAUGCUAACCGGCUGCAGAUUAUGCUCCAGCGGCGCAAACGCUACAAGAACCGCACCAUCCUGGGCUACAAGACCCUCGCUGUGGGGGUCAUCAACAUGGCUGAGGUGAUGCAGCACCCGACGGACGGGGGUCAGAUCCUGGGUCUCCAUAACAACGUGAAGGAGGCUCCGGUGCGUGCGGCCGAGCUGAGUGUGUACUCGCUCUCCAGCCAGCCCAUCGACUCUGAGGAUGCCAGUGGCCACCCUGAAGCCAAGGCCAAAGCCUCGGACCGCUCCCCAGACAUGGACAACUACUCGGAGGAUGACGACGACAGCUACUCCUCGGAGCAGGAGGCCAGUGACGACGCCGCGCAGGCCCAGUAUUUCCCUGUGUCCCUCUCUGUUGCGCAGGACCUUUACGACGAGGACGACGACGUCCAGAGGAAGCCAAAGAAAUCACGGAGGAAAAUGAUCAGGACCACCUCCAUGACCAGGCAACCCAAUUUCAAGCAGAAGUUUGUGGCUCUCCUGAAGAGGUUCAAAGUAACAGACGAGGUUCUGGACUCGGACCCGGUGGACCAGACCCAGGAGGUGGAGGAGGAUCUGGACCUGCUGUACGACAGCUUGGAGGUCUACAACCAGAGCGACAGCGGCCCCGAGAUGGAGGACAACGAGAGUGUCCUGAGCACCCCCAAACCCAAACUCAAGCCCUUCUUUGAGGGCAUGUCCCACUCAAGCUCUCAGACGGAGAUUGGUAGCCUGCACAGCCAGAAGAGCCAGCCACGCGAGUCCUCUUCAGGAGACCUGUUGACAGUAGAGAAGAGCAAAUUAUCUGCAGGUCGCUUCACAGAUGAGAGCUCUGUCCUGGAGCCUACACCUGGGGACGAGGCGGAGGAGGAGGUGGUGGUUGUGGGCACGACGAGCGUUGCUGCAGCCGAGCUCAGCGCCAGCUGGGACGUGAGCACGGACAAGCUGGCUGGCACCGUGGGCAAACUCUCCAAGACCGAGUCCCAGAGUCACAUGUCCCCCAGUAAAACGGAGAACAAGCUUGCACGGCGCACCCGGAGCACCUCCAUGAAGGACCGGCAGAACUCCAAGGCCCAGAGUGACCGCACCAGCAGCAUCGACAGCGAGACCUCGCCCGACUCCAGGCUCACUGUACAGGUUCCCAGGAAGUCUGUUUACGACCAGCUGAACCAGAUCCUCAACUCAGACGAGACACUGCCAGAGAGCAUCAUCCUCAUCAACACCACCGACUGGCAGGGCCAGUAUCUGAAUGAGAUCCUGCAUGAACACGGCCAGCCCAUCGUGUCCACCAUCUCCAGCGCAGACGUGCAGGCCGCCUUCACCACCAUCGUCACGCGCAUACAGCGCUUUUGUAACUGUAAUGCCCAGACCCCUCCCCCCAUCAAGGUGGCGGUGGCGGGGGACCAGAGUUACCUCAGCACUGUGCUGCGCUGCUUCGUGGAGCAGCUGGCCAACAAGACGCCCGACUGGCUCAGCUACAUCCGCUUCCUGGUCAUCCCCGUCGGAUGUCACCCUGUGGCCAAAUACAUCUCCACCUUUGACAGCAAGUUCAACAACAUCUUCAUGGACGCCGGCUGGAGAGACACCUUCAGCAGGCUGGAGGCCCCGACAUCAGAUAACAUCGAUGUGAAUGGCCGUGUAAACCAGUAUCUGGCUGGAGCCAGCGUAUCUCACCAGUUCCCCAUCUCAGAGGCCAUGCUAACUUACAAACAGAAAAGCCCUGAUGAGGACUCCUGUCAGAAGUUUGUGCCAUUUAUUGGGCUGGUAAAAGUGGGAAUAGUUGAACACAGCCUCUCUACUUCAGUGGACUCUGAUGACUGCAUGGUUACCGGGGUGACCAUGCUGUCAUCCCCCCCACCUCAGACAGGGGCACAGUACGCCAAAGACCUGACCUGCACCCCACCCUCCUCCCCCUCCGUCUCCAACGCACUCUCUGGAGCAGGUUCUCCGUGCACUGGCGGAGAGGUGAUGGGUCUGCAGGUGGACUACUGGACGCUGCCGGGCGUGGAGAAGCGCAAGGAGGGUGAGAAGAGGGACGUGGGCGUCAAGAACACGCUCAAGAGCAACUUCCGCUCGCUGGCCGUCUCCCGCGUGCCCGCAGGGGGCGAACUGGCGCCGCCGCCCGGAAUGGCCAUGACCGUCGUCAUGAAGGAGAAGAACAAGAAGGUGAUUUUCCUGAGCAAGAAGCUCAAAGAGAAGGACGUGGACUCGAAGAGCCAGGUGAUCGAGGGCAUCAGUCGCCUCAUCUGCACUGCCAAACACCAGCACACCAUGCUGAGAGUGUCCAUCGACGGCGUGGAGUGGAAUGACGUCAAGUUUUUCCAGCUGGCCGCCCAGUGGCCCACCCACGUCAAGCACUUCCCCGUCGGAGUCUUCGGCUACACCAAGCCCAUCUGAACCCCCCCCACCCCACACACACACACACACACACACACACACACACACACACACACACACACACACACACACACAUCUCUGCCCCACCCCACCCCACCCUAUCCUCACACUCCACACCUCCUCCUCACCUCCUGAGAUCCCCGCAGAUCUUAAACCCUCCGAGAGAGAGAGGGAGAGCGAGAGGGAGGGAUGGGGCUUCUGGACUGUUACAGUGCAACGGCGGGAAAAGGCAAAUCAAUUCAUAAAGAGUGACUCUUCGACAAGGAAGCAAACAAGGAAAACAAAAAACAAAAAAUACUGCAAAAUGUAAGAAUGGAAGGAAGAUGGAAAGAAGGAAUAAAUGACAGAAAGUCAAGGACAAACUGAUUUUCCUGUGGAAAAGGAAUAUGACAAGAAGUGUUGACUUUUGGAACCUGUGAGUCACCGCCAUCUUGGCCACCUACCCCCCAUACUGGAUGUUGUCACGGUGGUUUGUUAAUGUUGUUGGUGUGUAGCUGCCCCCUUCUACGCAGCUCAAGUAGGAGGGAAAAAAAACAAACUGUUUUUUAAAUGUGUGUUCAAGCGUAUGUGCUGCCUUUUAAAAGAUGCAACAAAAAAAAAAGACGAAAAAAAACUAGACAAAACACACGUUUCAGUCACAGCGUGUGUCGUCAUGAGGAGAUGGUAGCCAGCAUAUCAGGCAGCUUGGUUUUGCACUUUUUUGUUGUUUGUUUAUUUUGUAUAAGAAAGUGUUAUGAUUUUUUGUUUAGAUGUUAUUAUUUCUGUGAAAUCCUGUGAGUAGGUGCUCUUUUUGUGCUAUGUUAAAAGGGGUUGGGAGACUUAAGUGAGUGUGUGUGUCUGUGUGUGUGUGUGCGUGUGUGUGUGCGUGUGCAUGCACAUUCGUGUGUGUCAUAGUGUGUUAGGGUGCUUAGAUAAUGAAGUGUUGCUCUGAGACAGAACUUUUUUCCCUCUAACCUGAGAGGAAUGUACUCGCACUCCUGUUCUAGUCUACAUUUUUAGUCCAUUCAAAGUGACUUCAGUGACUCCAGUUUCUUUUUUAUAUAGGACCUCAUUUACUUAACUGGCUAACAUUCUUGCCUUUUUUCUUUUGAAAUGAAUAUGUGUGUGUGUGUGAAUUUGAAGAUAAAAAAAUAGUGCAGAAUCCAGGAGCCUAUUUUACGUAGGGAGAUGUUGGAGAAGUCGGAUGCUCAUGCACAUAUAGAAGGCCUUAACGACAAAGUAAAAACCAGACAGAAACGAUUUUUGGCUAAAAAAGGUUUUUCUUUUCACUCUUGGUCACCAUACAGAGUCUCCACCUGCACACUGCUGCGUUGGCCUUUAUGGGUUGCGGUCAGCACAGCUCUCAAACCGCCUUUUGGCAGGCCGUGCCCUCCUCGUGCCGGUGGUGUCCACAGUGCCCCCCUGUGGAUACACGAUGGUAGUGCUGCCGUUUAAAACCAUUCGUGUGUCUUUUACCAUCCUCACGAGGGUCAGUGCCCCUCACGAGGGUCAGAUACUGAUGGUCAGCUGUGCUGGCAGCCGACAGUGUCCCCCCCCUAAGGGUUCGGCGUGCGCGGCAUUGUGGGUUGGUGGUAGCCAUGGCGUCUGGGGAAACUGGCCGGUGUUGGCAACGUUGGCACCUUUUGUGUUGUGCCCACUCCUGGCCCCUGAGUGCCACUGCUUGGCAGCGCCAUGUCACACAGCCAUCCAGCUACUCUGCUGAUAUUGGCACGGUGGACAUCUGCAUUUUUUUUUUUGGUGAUAUUUUUCCUUUUUUUCGACGAGCGCAGGACUUUCAAACCUUCUCUGAUUUUAAGGGCUGAUAACCACUGUGGAAGUCUGGAAGGGCGCGAAUGCUGGAACAUACACGAGGGGAGGUAAACCCCCGAGCAAAGACUCUUUGAAGAUUUACUAUGUGUAGGUCUUCUCUUUCUCUUUCUCUUUCUUGCUCUCUCUCUCUCUCUCUCUCUCUCUCUCUUCUCCAUUUCUCUGGUUUUCUUCCUCUCUCACUGUUUCUUCUUCUUCUCUGCCACAUUAUGAAAAACCCUUUAAUACUGAGUGUGUUUGCAUUGCAUGACAAUUUUUAGCUUUAGACCGUUUGGAAGUGAUUGGUCUGCUGUGACGGGGGAUAUUUUUUUCAAAAACGCUUGAAACCGCAAUUUCGACUUGAUGUUACAUGGUGUCUAAGCGUCAUCUAAGGACUAAGGCAAAAAACAAGAGAAUGUCAUUAACAAGUGUUUAUAUACUGUAUGUAUGUGGGUAUGUCUGUGUGUGUGUGUGUGUUGUUCAUUUGGGUGCAUAACACAGUUGAGUGUGUACAUUUGGUUGUGUGUGUUUAUUUCCAGGGAGUCGCAUCGAGACCUGCUUUGGUCUCCUGUUUCGGGAAGGGUGUACUGUGAAAAAUGUGGUGAUCCUAUGGAACUUGCCUAAAGGGAAUGUGUGUGUGUGCAUGUGUGCGUUUGAUUAAACUGGAGCGAAACGUGGCGCUUUAUCGUUUGGAUUGAUAUUGUACAAACGUAUUCUCCAACUGUAAAACUCUGGAAGAACUGUGGAUGUUUUAGCCCCCCCCCCCCCCCUCCUUCUCUCUGACUUUCUCUGUCUCUGAAGUUGAUGGUGAAACUUACAGUAUAACUACAAUGUAUGUUGUUUUAAACGUUUAUUGUACAGAUUACCUUUUUUUGUUCAAGAAGGUAUGAAAUUUGAAGGCCUGUGAGCUAUGAAAAGGUCAAUAUGCCUUUUUUUUAGACAUUGGAGAAAGAGAAACGUUCUCUCACUGUCAGCUGACUCCAGGCUAGGUUCUAUCCUCAUCUUUUAAAGCACUACUUUGUCUGCCAUUUUGAGAAGACUGCCCUUCGGUCUAAACAACUUAAGAGCUAACAGGAAAUGAUAUGUACUCUAAUAUUGGGUCAGACCUGGUUUCGUUUUGAAAUUUUAAAAUGCGGACGUCUUUGCACAAAGUUAUUUUUUUUAAAUUAUAUGACAGUAUUCUUUUUUAAAAAAUAGACCACUGAGGAAAAGUCUUUUGUUGGCUAUUUUGUAUAGUUUUGUUGUGUAUGUACAAAACAAAUUGUAUUGUUUCAUAUCGUUUUAACUUUUUUCGUGCAAUGUCUUACACAUAGCUUUUGUGUACUCCGAAACGUUCAGAUUUUAACCUGGCUUGCGUUCUAAAAAAAAAAAAAAAAAAAAACUAUUAUUAACUGUUCAUUGUUGUGGUUGUUUUUAUGGCCCUUUUUCAAAAAGGAGUUGAGCUCUUUUAUAGAUGAGUUUGUUGUUUUUAUUCUUCUGACAUUUCAGCUGUAGGUGAGAGACUGAGACUCCAGCCGGUGUGAUGAGGUUUUAUAAGUGCACAGAAGAAGACUUGUGUGUGUUUGUAUCCUUUUCUCGCUUCUCUCUUUUUUUGUAUUUGAUAAAUACUUAAAUAACUAUUCUUCAAAUUCAUACACAAAUUACAAAUAUUGAUGAGAAUAAUAAUAAAAAAAAAACAUGGAAAACA